AUAUAUAUAUAUAUAUAUACAUGUAUAAGUUUGAGUAAGAGAAGACAAAUGAGGUGAACUCACAAGUACCCAAUAUUGUUAAUUGUCUCUGAGAGUUAUAAUGGCUCCAGUAGGAUUACCUCCAGGCUUUAGAUUUCAUCCGACUGACGAAGAACUCGUAAACUAUUAUCUGAAAAGAAAGAUCAACGGUCAAGAAAUCGAGCUUGAUAUAAUCCCCGAGGUUGAUCUCUACAAAUGCGAGCCAUGGGACCUCGCAGAGAAGUCGUUUCUACCAAGUAGAGAUCCGGAGUGGUAUUUUUUUGGGCCACGUGACCGGAAGUAUCCGAACGGGUUUAGGACGAACCGAGCAACGAGAGGUGGAUACUGGAAAUCAACUGGCAAAGAUCGGAGAGUGACAAGUCAAAGCAGAGCGAUUGGUAUGAAAAAGACUUUGGUUUAUUAUAAAGGAAGAGCUCCUCAAGGGAUCCGUACGGAUUGGGUUAUGCAUGAGUAUCGUCUCGAUGAUAAGGAUUGUGACGAUCCCUCUUCGCUUCAGGACUCGUAUGCAUUGUGUCGGGUAUUCAAGAAGAACGGAAUAUGUUCAGAGUUGGAAUCAGAACGGCAAUUACAAACGGGACAAUGUAGCUUCACGACGGCGUCAAUGGAGGAGAUCAAUUCGAAUAAUAACAAUAACUACAAUAAUGAAUACGAGACAAUGUCGCCGGAAGUGGGAGUUUCUUCCGCCUGCGUUGAAGAAGUAGUAGAUGAUAAAGACGAUUCGUGGAUGCAGUUUAUAACAGAUGACGCAUGGGACACGUCAUCAAAUGGUGCAGCUAUGGGACAUGGUCAAGGUGUUUAUUGACUAAUGAACAAAGAGUAUUGAAGCAAAAAGACAAGAGUAUAGAAUUAUUGGGAUAAUAACGUAAACAUUUAGGUACACUUUUGUUGUACUUAUAUAUAAUCGUUGAAAUAAAACCUACGGGUUGUUGGGGUAAAACUUAACUGAUUUUAUUUUUUCUAAUUGUGGGAAUGUGUGGGAAAAUUAAUCACGUGAUUUGAUUGGGCAUUGUAUUUAUUUUUGUUUUUUAUAUAUAUAUUUUUUUUUGGUUGGAUUGAUGAUUUUAUUAUCCAUUGAUUUGACGGCUCUAUGGAUAUAUGGUACCUUUGUUCUUUUUCCUCACAUGGGUGUAAGCAGAUCAAGUUAAUGGAUGUGAAAAAUUUGGGUUUA